AUGCAGAAUUAUCCGGAGAGGGCGGCCCCAUCAGCAGGUCACCGAAAUAGCUUACUGCCCAAUAAAGUCGUCGCGUUCAUCGACGGACUCUAUGAAGAAAUCGAGCGUUUGAAGCGACAACAAAAUACCAGGCCGGCCCCGGACAGUCAUCCAUCAGACGCAAGCCCACUCGAUGAACAUGUGCCCCAGGCCAUCGCGCCAGAGUCGACAAGGUCAGCAACCACAUUUCAGGCCAGAGUCGAGAAUAUCGACUCUGAGAUAGAUCCGACCAUCAAUGACGCUCCAUGGUUUGACAAUCGAAAUGUUUUCCAUACACCCAUUUUGAUCAGCGAAGCUGCCGACACGGCCUUUGCAACCCGAUUUCGUCAGGUCAUCUCCGAUCCUAGGGCACCGGAACCGACCCACCUUCUUCGUGUUAACUAUGCAAGCGAUGAUGCAUUGAUGGCCCUCGUUCAGUCCGGGGUCCCGUGGCCAAGCCAAUCCCGGGCUCGCUUUUUGCUUGAGGCCGCCUUGAAACAUAUCGGCCGCUGCUAUUACAUCGUCCGCGUCGACGAAGUCAGGGAGGGCCUUUCCCGGAUUUUUACGGACCCGACUUGGGGCGGACCAGUUGUGUGUUGCAGAUUCUGGGCACUUUUUGCUCUUGGACAGCUAUACACUUCCAGAGCUGCGGCGAUGCAGAGCUAUCCAGGAAUGGCAUACUUUGCCCAGGCAUCAAGGAUGUUGGGCUACUUGAAUGAACGCCCCGGAACUGAGACUAUCGAGACUCUACUUCUUCUAUCCAUGUACUCACUAGCGCUGAAUCGACGAUAUAGUGCAUAUAUACUAUCCGGCACAGCCAUGCGCUCGGCCAUCGUCAUGGGCCUUCAUUUUAAUAUCUCCGACAUCCAGCUUUCCGACCUGGCUAUACGUGAACACAGAAAACGACUCUUUUGGACCACCUACAUGUUCGAUCGAAUGUGGGGGGCCAGUCUCGGUCACCCCCCGGCAAUUCAUGACGAAGAGAUCGAGGUGGACCUUCCCUCCGUUCUUGCGUUCAACGGGACUGGAGGAGAUCAACUCACCGGCGACGGAUUUGACUCCCAAUACCAUGUAGCCCACAUUGAGCUGACUCGUCGUUUAGCUAAUGUUGUUCGGUCUAUAUAUACACUCCGCCGCAAACAACAAGAUGCACAACUAUCUCGCCAAAUCCACCAGUCUUUACAGGACCUCCAGGCCUGGGUGGAUCGAUUACCACCUCACCUGCAGAUCGAUCACACCCCGGGUGUAGCAUGCGACUGGAAGGUCGUAUCGCUUCAUCUCUCCUUUUACCAAUGUGUCAUCAUUGCUACCCGUCCAAUACUGCUCCACGCGCUGCGAAUUCAAGUUGCUGCACAAGAGAAAGGUCCAACAGCUUCCUCAUUUCAGGUACCCACGACUGCCCUGGCGCUGUCAGAAGCGUGCGUGCGAUGUGCCAGACACUCUGCGCAGCUCCUGACUCAAUCCUGGAUUGAUGGCUCGUUCUUUACAUUUGACUGCUUUUUCACUCAAUAUUUGUUCUCUUCGCUCGUUGUGCUGGCAAUAGCAAGCAUAUUAGAUGGACAAGACAACCAAAUUAAUUGCGACACUUUUGAAGAGGCAUCGCGUCUCUUGAGAGAGCUUAAAGAGGCGGGGAAUUGCGUCGCCCAGGAAUAUUGCCACCAUAUCGAAGCAAUCGAAGCGGCGUUGUUCGCGCAUACGAAACCAAUGGCAGCGGACCCCCUAGGUUUCCCUGAAGGCCCCACCGUCAACCCAGCGGCGACUUCUCAGCUUUCCAAUAUGCCACAUGAGGCGAUUUCAACGGCAGCGUGGACAGAUUCAUCUCUGCAGCAACUUCUCUCACAGCCUGAGCUUGAUAUGCAGUUUUUAGAGGAUGCUGUCAGAGAUACUUAUUCACAAGGUCUCUACCAGCAUGAACUUGACUCCGGGAGUUGA